AGAGAAGGGGUGAUUGUAGGGGGGACACCUCCACAAGUCAUCAGUCAUCACAUCAGAUCAGAGUAGUUGAGAAGGGCUUAAGAGUAUGGCUUUGUCCCCUGAAAACAAGGCCACUUCGCCCGGCUAAACCCCCGCCUCACCUCAGACCUCACUCACUCACUCACUAUCUACACUCUCUACACCCACUAAACAACGAAUCCUUCUCUUCUCUUAUUGCUGUGACACUACUCAUACAUCCGUUAAAUUUGCCGCUAUCAUAUCUGCUAAAUUUGGCGGCAUUUUAAACUGCCCCUGACCAUCGUCGCCUUCGACCAAAACCCAAGUUUUUCUCUAUUUGGUGCCAUCACUUCAUGGUGGUCAAUCCGCUUUCCUGGCUCCCUGUGUUGUGUAUGUAAAGAGGGAUAGGAAGAUGGUAGAUUCCGGGUCUUCAUUUUCCCUCUCCAGUCUUCUCUGUCGAGAAAAGGACGGUUGCUUGGAUGAAGAGGUAGAUGAAGAUGGAUUUCUCAAUUUAAACAAUUACCCAAAUUCAGAAACCGAAGAGGCAUAUAUCGGAAUGCUGGUUGAUAGAGAGAGCAGUUUUGGAAGCGAAUGCUAUGGAUCUUCGGAUGACUAUUCAAUAAUCAACGAGAGCUGGUUCAAAUCUGCUCGCUUGGAUGCCAUCCUAUGGAUUCUCAAAACUAGGGCAUACUUCGGCUUUCGCUUUCAAACAGCUUAUUUAUCUGUCACUUACCUCGAUCGGUUUCUUUCAAGGCGUACAAUCGAAAGUGGGAAAACUUGGGCGAUCCGGUUACUAUCUGUGGCGUGUUUAUCUUUAGCGGCUAAAAUGGAAGAAUGCAGAGUACCGGCGUUGUCCGAGUUUAGAGUUGACGAAUACAACUUCGAAACCAAGGUGAUUCAGAGAAUGGAGCUUCUAAUUCUGAGCACAUUGGAAUGGAGAAUGGGUUCAAUCACUCCAUUUGCCUAUCUCCAUUACUUCGUCACCAAAUUCUGUGAUGAAUAUCCACCAAAGUGUAUAGUAUCUAGAGCAAUGGAGCUCGUCCUCACUAUAAUAAAAGAGAUGAAUGUAAUGGAUCAUCGCCCAUCUGCAAUAGCUGCUGCCGCAGUCUUGGCAGCAUUGGAUCGGAGAUUAACCAGUAAAACAGUUGAGUUUAAGAUGGGUUCUAUCUCAUCAUGUGGGUCUUUGAAAAAUGAACAUGUUCUCUCCUGCUAUAAUCUAAUGCAGGAAUCGCAGAUUGGAAAAUUGGAAAUACCGAGGCUUUUGAUUUCCCCAGAUCCAUCAUCAAUUUGUAAACCCUCAGAAGACGUUCAGGAGGAUUCAUCCUUCAUCUCUGCUGCUGGCACUAAGAGGAGAAGGCUUAUGUUUAAUGAUGGUGAUGAAAACUGUGGUAUGGCCAAUGAGAAACCACGACGCCGAGGCAAACUGCACUCAAAAAAGUUCCCCUGAUCAACAGAUGAACUAGUGUUUUUUUUUUCUUGGAAACAAAAUAAAAGGAAAAAAAAAAAGAAAAGCAAAAGAAUCUUUGCCCCAUUGGGAAGAGCUGACUGCAAUCCCAAAAGCUACCAGGAAGAAGAGGCCCGGAGGAAAAUCUAGAAAGCCAUGGGAGACUGUUUGUUAAUAGUUGUUCAAAGUACUACUGAUUCAAUUUUGUUGUAUUUCUUUCUAGUAAGGAAUAUUUAUAUACACUCUCUUUCAUUCCUACCUUUUGAGGGUGGGCUUGAGAUGCUUCCAGUGUCUUUCUAAAGGCUGAAAGCUCUUAGGGCAUUGGGGGAUUGGGGUGGCAACUGGGAAGGGGGAACUGUUUGUGAUUUGAUGCAUAUGUUUUAGUUGUUAGCCAUCAAAAAGUAUGUAAAGCUGAAUGCGAUUGGAUUUGUUUGAACUUUGAAUGUUAGGGGCUGCCUUUUCGGGAGGA